AUGGCGGCGGCAUGGGCGGUGCUGGCAGUGUUGCUCGUCGCGGCGCAGGUGGCGUCGGCGGUGCCGGUCACGGCGCCAGCGUUCCUCUGGGCGCCCAAGAACUACGGAUUCCGCUCUGAUGACGCUAAGGAGGUAGUCCAUUAUCAGACAAUCUCACCAAAGAGCUUAGCUAAAUCUGUUCUCGAGGAAGGUGGCUGGUCAAACUUUAUGUGUUCAAGGGAGGAUACUCAGAAGAGUGUUGAUGUUGCCAUUGUUUUUAUUGGCUCAAAGCUACAAUCGUCAGACAUAUCUAAAGAUAAGCAAGUUGAUCCAGCUUUAGCAGACACAUUGAAGCUCUCCUUCACAGAUUCAGAGUUUUUCAUGGCAUUCCCCUAUGUUUCCACAUCAGAUGAUGAGAAAUUGGAGAACUCAUUGCUAUCUAGCUUUGCUGAGAAUUGUAACAGUGGUUUUGGAAGAAACCGUAUCACCUACACAGACACGUGUACUGUAAGUGGUCAAGAUGUGAAGAAAUAUCACAACAUGGAUGCUAUCAAUGACUUGGUACGGUAUGGGGUAGGGUCAAGGAGAAUUAACCCAAGUGAACAGACUGAUAUAAUCGUCUUCUGUAGCGGUGGGUUCGAGAAAAUUUUCACUCCGAAAUCAGAAGGAGAGUUGCUUUCCCAGCUUGUUCUCUUGCUGGAGCAGUCUGGGGCUAAAUACACGAUUCUUUAUGCUUCCCAACCAUCUGGUUUACUGGAGAACCCUUCCAGCUUGCCACUAGGUAGGUAUCUUGCAGAGAAGACUAAUGGUACAAAAAUUGGCCAGGGCAAAUGUGAUGGAGAGUGCCUAGUCAAAUCAACUCUUCUUGAGGGAACUUUUGUUGGAAUAGUGCUUCUUAUCGUCCUGAUAUCAGGACUCAUGUGUAUGAUGGGAAUCGAUACUCCCUUGAGGUUUGAAGCUCCCCAGGAAUCUUGA